GAAAAAAUAACGAACUAACUUGAAAGUUAUACCGAAUAGUGAGCAAUAUGAACUUGCAACAAACUUGAAAAUUUCAAGAACUCGCUUUAUUUAGCUUUUUUGAAUAUAAUCACUGUUUGUUUCAAUAUUAUAAUUGAUAAUCAGCUGGUGAUCAUUUUUUAACACGAUUGUUCAAUAAGUGACUUAAGAUUUCAGGAUACAAGGAGUUUCUUUCAAAGGGUUUGAGCUGUGGAUCAGCUGAGGUUAAGUUUGUAUCGUCAAUCAUCCAGUGUUUGUGAAUGGAUAACUUGUUGCAAUCGGCUAUUCCUUACUCAAUUUUGAUACUCAAUGCAGCUUUAUUUUGGAUUCUUCGUAAAUUAUUAUCACCAAUUUUACCUCGAAAAUUCGCCCUGCUUUUUUGGGAAAUUAUAUCAACCAUUGAACUGUGCUCUGGCUGUGCUGAACUAGGUGUAAUUUGGACUAGACAUGGAAACAUUGGACUUGCCAUUGGACUCUUUUUGGCUUGCCUUUGGUGGUGCAAUCAAUUUGGCGACGCAGAGGCUUGUCCUUGUGGUCCUAUUGAAGAUGCCAUUUUAUUGCGCCAACCAAUAACUCAACCAAAAAUUUAUUUACGUUUGAUUGGUCAGGCGAUUGGAGCCUAUGUCACUGCAAUGUACAUCGAUUUUAUAUGGUGUUUCCAUUUGACUCCUGAACACACUGAAUUGCAUACAAAACGAUGUCAAGCAGCGUUACAAACAACUGUACUGAAAGGUUUUCUGGUUGAAAUGUUUAUCACUUUUGUUAGUCGUAUUGUUUGCUUGGAAUCGUUCAAAUUAAACGAAAGACUAGCUAAUUACAUCAAUUCCAUGGUAACAGUUACUUUAGUCCUUGCAGCCCUUGAUACUUCUGGUGGUUUUUUUAAUCCCAUUUUGGCCUCGGCGUUGACACUUAAUUGUGAAGGAAACGAUUUUCUGGAACAUUUCCUCGUUUAUUGGGUUGGAGCUCUUUUGGGUGGUUUAUUAGCAAGAAAACUUCAUUUGAUGAACAGGCAAAAAGGAAAAAUGAAAAGCUCAUGAAGACUGAAAAACAAAUAAUGCAUCAAUAAAAACUAUUUAUUUGUCCAUUA